CUACUCAAGAAGCCAUUGUCUUCCCCGCUCCCACAGUACUUGCUAACCCUGGUCCUCCCCCUUUGCCCAUACAUGACACAUCCCCUUUCUCGCGCCCGUAGGUGACUACGAAGCUUGCAUGGGGCUCUGUGGAGUUGGACGUCCAGAGGUUUUGGCUGUUUUGCUUGAGACCUGGUUAUGGUUGUGGGAUUUUUUUUUCUUUUCUGUCAGCUGCCUGUUAUAUCAAUCACGGAGUCGGGAUCUAUUUAUAGUUUGAGAGUACUGUGUCCUUAGUCACAAAGAGACACAGACAGGGGACUGUCAGCUGGUGUUGGAGGAGCCAAGCAACGAGUCAUGAGCCACUGGAACACCUGAGGGUAACCUUUCCUUCCUCGCAGCCCGGUCCUCCAGCCAGCCCAACCAUAAACGUGAACCUGGUGGGCCAUCACCUUUCCUAUACGAAUAUCAGCACACCUCUCUAUGAGACCUUCCUCUCUUGGAGGCUAUCUCCCUUCCUUCUCUAGGCUGCUGAACCGAAUGUCGUCCGAAGACAGGCACCUGGGCUCUAGCUGCGGCUCUUUCAUCAAGACGGAGCCAUCCAGCCCGUCCUCGGGCAUUGAUGCCCUCAGCCACCACAGCCCCAGCGGCUCGUCGGACGCCAGUGGUGGCUUUGGCAUGGCCCUGGGCACCCACGCCAACGGUCUGGACUCGCCGCCUAUGUUCGCAGGUGCGGGGCUGGGAGGUAACCCGUGCCGCAAGAGCUACGAGGACUGUACUAGUGGUAUCAUGGAGGACUCGGCCAUCAAGUGCGAGUACAUGCUUAACGCCAUCCCCAAGCGCCUGUGCCUCGUGUGCGGGGACAUUGCCUCUGGCUACCACUACGGAGUGGCCUCCUGCGAGGCUUGCAAGGCGUUCUUCAAGAGAACCAUUCAAGGAAACAUCGAGUACAACUGCCCGGCCACCAACGAAUGUGAGAUCACCAAACGGAGGCGCAAGUCCUGUCAGGCCUGCCGAUUCAUGAAAUGCCUCAAAGUGGGGAUGUUGAAGGAAGGUGUGCGCCUUGACCGAGUGCGAGGGGGCCGCCAGAAGUACAAGCGACGGCUGGAUUCGGAGAACAGCCCCUACCUGAACCUGCCGAUUUCCCCACCUGCUAAAAAGCCAUUGACUAAGAUCGUCUCGAAUCUACUGGGGGUUGAGCAGGACAAGCUGUAUGCUAUGCCUCCCAACGAUAUACCCGAGGGAGAUAUCAAGGCCCUGACCACUCUCUGUGAAUUGGCAGAUCGGGAGCUUGUGUUCCUCAUUAACUGGGCCAAGCACAUCCCAGGCUUCCCCAGUCUGACACUUGGGGACCAGAUGAGCCUGCUGCAGAGUGCCUGGAUGGAGAUUCUCAUCUUGGGCAUCGUGUACCGCUCGCUCCCGUACGAUGACAAGCUGGCAUACGCCGAGGACUAUAUCAUGGAUGAGGAACACUCUCGCCUGGUAGGGCUGCUAGACCUUUACCGAGCCAUCCUGCAGCUGGUGCGCAGGUACAAGAAGCUCAAGGUAGAGAAGGAAGAGUUUAUGAUCCUCAAGGCCCUGGCCCUCGCCAACUCAGAUUCGAUGUACAUUGAGAACCUGGAAGCGGUGCAGAAGCUCCAGGACCUGCUGCACGAGGCGCUGCAGGACUAUGAGCUGAGCCAGCGCCACGAGGAGCCGCGGAGGGCCGGCAAGCUGCUGCUGACGCUGCCCCUGCUGAGGCAGACAGCCGCCAAAGCCGUGCAACACUUCUACAGCGUGAAACUGCAGGGCAAGGUGCCCAUGCACAAACUCUUCCUGGAGAUGCUGGAGGCCAAGGUGUGAUGGCCCAGCACACGAACGGAUGGACACACGGACACGAUCCAAGUGGAGACCUCCACAGCCACUAGCCUCGACUUUUUUCACACCCGCAUCGGGGCUCUGAGCUGUCCCAGAAGAAGGGGUCUUCUUGCUUCCUGGCCAAGU